AUGAUUCUUUAUGAUAACAAUUUAAGAAAAUCUCUUAUUAAUAAGGUUGUGGAUUAACUUCAUAAUGCAUAAAUAGAGGCUGAAAAGGUACAUUUAAUGAAAGAACUAUUUAGUUAGCAGAAAUGAAAAUAGAUUUCAAUUAAUUAAAUAAGAGAUUAAUAGAAUUUUCAUAAGAAGUAAUUGAAUUAUGGAGAAAGGGAUAUUCUCAGCGAGAGUAUUCAUUAUAUAAGGAGCGAUUACAAUAAUUGAUAGGAAUGCAUAAAAAUUCAUUAUCAAAAAUAAGUGAUUAAUCAAGAUCAAAAAAUACAAUUAAGAAAUUAAGUAAAUAGUCUAGUGAGAAUGAAUGUAGUAUUUAAACUAAAGUUAAAUUUCAACAUGAUUAGGCUUUAAUUCCUUAAUAAAUAUAAAUAUUAAAAGAGGAUGAUUUUUCAGAUAUUUCAUUUGCCUCUUUGACAAGUAGUAAUUCUGAAACAAUAUAAGAAAUUAUUGAACAUUCAGAAAAAAAUACUUAAGGAUUUUGUUAAGUUCAUAAUUGUAGAGAAUUAAAAAUCAUUCGUGAAAUAUAUAGAUAAAAAAUAGAUAUAAAUGAAUUAUAGUUAGCAUUAGAAGAGAUUAUUUCAUUAAAAUCAUAAAUUAGAAUGAAAUUAUAGAAGGAGAAUUAAAAGAUUUAAGUUAUGCAUGAAAGACUUAUUGAAGGAUAAAAUAAACUAAAAAGAAUGGAAGAAUUUGAAAAAGAAUAAUUAGAAAUGAUUAAAUAAAAAAGAAUGUCAUUAAAUCUAGAAUGA